AUGGACUACCAAUCAUCAGAGGAGAAAAAUUCACCAAAUUUUAUUGGUUCUUCUCUAUACCAAUUAGUACGACCUUCAUUAAUGGCGUCCUAUCUUCGCAAAGUUGCAGAAACGUCAUCGGCAACAGCGAAUUCAAAUAAUCCAGCUAAUGAUCUAGGCAAACGCAUAGCCAAAUGGGCGUUAAUCAUCGGGGUACCCACUGCGGUAUGCGUUACAGCGUAUUUAAUAUACCGACAGAAACAGAAUAGAACGGCAACUCCUCGACGUUCGUCAUUACCUAGGCCAUUAGCCCGAGGUGAAAGAGACACCUCAGCGACAACAUCAGAUGGUCGAGCAACGAAUCGUUUGACAUCCGCUAUUGAAUUGAAGAAUGAAGGCAAUGUUAAAUAUCGUGAACAGAAAUUUAAUGAAGCAAUUGAAUUUUAUACAGAAGCAAUUGAAACUUGCCCACCAGAAUCGACAGAGGAACUUGCACAGUUCUAUCAGAAUCGUGCUGCUGCUUGGGAAUCAUUGAAAAACUAUGCGAAAGUUAUUGAAGAUUGUUCUAAAGCUAUUGAACUCAAUCCUAAAUAUAUCAAAUGCAUCCAACGCCGUGCUCGUGCAGCUGAAACAAUCGAAAACUUCGAACUAGCUCUCGAAGAUUAUUCAACGGUAUGCUUUAUUGAUUCAUAUCAACCAGCUUAUAUAAUGGCUGCGGAUAAAGUUCUCACUGAACUAGCUAAACGUUAUAUCGAAACUUUACCUCCUAGCACCGCUGAAUUAUCGAAAGAUUUUGUUCGUACAUCACUCAACGAAUUCGAAAAUGAUCCGACGAUUAGUGAAACGUUCAUCGACGAAGUGCGUAGCAGUCAACCCGACAGUUCACUAGCACGUGCUUAUGAAGCAUUCGACGAGGGUCGAUUCACUGACAUUCCAUCGUUGUGUACACAAGAAAUCGAGUCUUCGGAAACAUCAACGUACGAAUUAGAAGCAUUGCUGCUACGUGGUUCGUUCUAUUUACUAAUGGGAAACUAUGCUGAAGCCCUCGAUGACUUCAACAAAGUGAUCAGCAAUCCAGAAGCAUCAGAAAAUUUGAAACUCAACGCUGAGCUGAAACGAGCAAAUACGAAGAUUCAUCAACGUGAUCUCGAAGGAGCUUUACAAGAAUAUGAUCAAUGUAUCAACAAUCAUCCAUUUGAAUGUUCGCCACGUGUUCAUCGUGGAAUGUUAAAAACUCUAUUGGAAAGUUAUUCGGAAGCUCACGAAGAUUUCACCGAGGCAUUAAACAUUACUCCAACAAAUCUUCGUGCAAAAUAUCAAAAACUCAUUAACGACGCUAAAAUCGGUGCUAAGGAAAAUCGGCCUGAGCGCGUUGAACAAGCCCUGGCGAGCUUUGAAGAAUAUUUUGAUUCAUGUAAAAAGGAUAUUUACUAUGCCCUGGCAAUCACAUCCUGUUAUUUGGAUAACGAUCGAAAAGACAAAGCACUCCAUUAUCUGAAUCGAUUCGUGGAAGAAAUACCGAACAAUCCAACCCUAAUGGCUCUAAAAGCGAAUUGUUUAAUGUCAACUGAUCCAUCGAACAAUGCUGAGGCAGAAGAACUCUUUGUCGACGCACUUCGAAUCGAUCGUUCUAACGAAACUGUUCUGACAAUGUUUGCCAUAUUCAAAUGCAAUCGAAAUGAUUUCGAAGAAGCCGCAAAAUUGUAUGAACGUGCAAUAAAAUGUACUCGCGGUGAUGAGAAACUGCUGCAAUAUGCUGCGUUACUCUAUGCAAUUCGUGCUCAAGGGCGAGCAAUUAAACGUCUUAGUUUACAUUUUCCAGGUGGCUUUCCUCCAGCUGGCGGUUUGGCUAAUUGGAUGGGUGGUGGUGGAAUAGUUUAA